AUGCCCAUGCCUGCGCCGAGCACGCCGAGCACUCCUGCGCCGAGCGAUCCUGCGCCGAGCGAUCCUGCGCCUCCCGAGACUGAGGAUCAAAUCUCGGUGUUGGGCAGCCGGUUGCAAGCCGAACUGGCUGAUAUCCUGGCUCGCUUGCAGGUCGUCGAGGAGCAUAUUGGGCUUUGUAUAGUAAAGCCAGGUGAAUUAAAGCCCGGUGCCUGCCGGCUGUCAAAGGACGAACCAAAUGUUGUGUGGCCAUGCGAGACACAAGCUCCAAGGGAACCGAGUGCGGAGGUUGAGUCAAUGGAGUCCACUGAGGUCUUCUUUGAAGAAAGUGCAUGGAGUGUCCCACUGCUUCUCGGAUUAGUCGAUGUUGGGCGCUUCGACGCGUUCUUUGCCGCCACUUUGGUCCUGCUAAACCUCGGCAUGCAGGCUGCCUUUACCUGGGUUCUGCUUUCAGACGGCUUCAUUACCGAGCCCUUUGAAACCAAGAUCGACAGUGCCAAGAUCUGGCGGACAAGCGUUGCGCAUGACUCCAAGUACUUGGACUUGGCGGAAACUAGCUUGGUGUCACGCGUAUGCGCAGGUGACGGUGCCCUCAUCCUGUCGACCACCCAAGCGACCCUCGUCGAACACAUCAACAGCUAUCUUGGCUUGGAAAAGUCACAGCUCACGCACUCGCUUUUCCAACCCGGCGCACUUCUCUGCCUCCUCUGCAUAGUUCUUUGGAGCUUGUGCGUGGGCAAGGAGUUGCGAAAGAUCUGGCUGCAACUGGAGGCGAUCAUCGGAAUCCCAAGAUCCCACCAUACAAUUUACCGCAGUGAUGCUUUCCAGGUCAUGUCAGUGCAUCGCUUUGGGCUUUUGAUAGCAAUGUCCUUGGCUCGGGUGGCCAUUGCCUCCAUCUUGCUGAUCGCGGGCAACCUCUGGCUGGCUCGGACAACAAGCAUCGCGGACCUGAUGUUGAAUGCCGUCGCGCUGAAUGCGAUCAUCGAUGUUGACGAGAUGAUCUUCACUGCCAUCCUCCCCCUCCAAAUUAAGCAUGCCAUGCAGCGCCUCAAGCCUGUCCGCGUCACGUAUGGGAGGCGCCGAAGUCAGCGUGAGUCCGUGGUGCACUUCGGCUUCUUCACUGCCCUGUUGCUUUCGGUGUACCUUCUGCUGCUCGUGCCUUUGGCGGAUGCCAUGCUGGCAACGAAGAACGAGCUCUGCGGAGGCAACCAGACAUUCGUUGUGAGGUAUAAUCCAGACACGCAGCUUUCAUAUGGGCUGGUGACUAGAAGCUCGCGAGAGUAUGGCCACCUGUCGCCCAUUGAGCUGGCUGUGCAGGCUCACAAAGCCACGUCUCCUGAGACCACGCCCGAUGCUUCCGGGCCCACCUACAUCUUGUUCAGUACCAACAAGAAACACUUUGAUGCAGGCAGCACUCGCAGCAUGCGAGAAGAGUCAUCCGAAGCAUCAUCCGCGUUUUGCCUUGAGACGAGUGUUCUAAGCGAAUCGAGCAUCUACAGUCAAGAUCCAGAAGCCCGGCUAUAUGCAACUCGGAUGUUAAAGAAUGCCGCUGCGAGCCUGGGCCGCGCGAAUGCUUCAACCUGCCAAGAAUUGAGCGACCAAUGUGACUCGCCAGAUGCCCGCUUGCUGCGAAGAGUUUGCGGCGAAACCUGUGGAUGUGUAGACCCCUUCAGCUCUGCCUGGUUCAAGGUGGAGGCACACGGUUGUGCUUCUUCCUGCCUGUCUCUUGGACAGCAACACUUGCAGAAUCAUGACUGCCAAGAUGUCUCAACUGCAGAUCUCGGCUGGCAGAGGUUCUGGGCAGACUACCGGAUUGCGGUAUCGAGCUUUGUUGGACAUGACAUUACCACAUUCCAGGCAUAUGAUGCGGCAAACAUCACCAUUCAAGCCAUGCUGUCUGGGGGUUGCCCAGUUCUGUCGCACUUCCCAACCGACGUGUUCACCAACGCCGCCUUCUGCACCGGGCUGUCAGACUUGUUUCGGCCCCUUGCAUCCCUUUGUCCACAGACCUGCGGCUGCGGCGCUUCACUGCCUCUGAGCGCGUGCCCAGCCAGCUGUGUCUCAGCCAACAUGUCCGCGUGA